AGGCACGCAAUGUCACGCACAUGUGCCGUGCUCUUUAUUCUCUAAAAUUUGAAGUGACACACCCAAUGCGUUGGAACCUCUCACGCUCCCUCGAUAAAACCUCUUAUCGUUCCCGCCGGUUUUCCCUCUCCGUCACCUUCCAGUCGCCGCUGUUCCCGCCCGACCACGUCUCGGAAUAUGACGUGCUCAGCCCAAACCGCCUUUCCUACUCUCAGAACCGUCACCAUAUCGUACUCAGAGCUCAAGGACAAGAGCAUUGACUUGUCGAUGAAGAUCGAAGAAGGGUUCGGACCCAACGGGCUGGGAAUUCUAUCCAUUACUGAUGUUCCAGGAUUUCCUUCAUUGCGUCGGAAUCUUUUACGUCUUUCUCCUAGAUUGGCUGGUCUGCCCGAAGAGGUGAAGAAGGAACUCGAAGAUCCUCACAGUAGGUACAACUUUGGAUGGAGUCAUGGGAAAGAGAAGCUUGAAUCUGGGAAGCUUGAUUUGUUGAAAGGCUCUUUUUAUGCAAAUCCGUUAUUAGAUAAGCCUACCACGGAAGCAUCUCUGAUCCAACGGUAUCCAUCAUACUGUGGGUCGAAUAUAUGGCCUGAUAGUGCAUUGCCAGAACUUGAAGUGGCAUUCAAGGCUCUUGGAAAGCUGAUCUUUGAUGUUGGAUUGAUGGUGGCGUAUCACUGCGACCAAUAUGUAUCCAAAGGGCUGAAUAUGCAUGAGGAUCAAGGCCUUGAACAGAUACUUCUUCGUUCUCGGUGUCAUAAAGGGCGUCUGCUAUACUAUUUUCCAGCACAGCAGAGAGACCCAGGACUGCAGAUCUCCAUGGAGGAGACCCACGGCUGGCUGUGGGUGGGUCAUUGCAGAGAUUUUUUUGCAAUUGAGGUUAAUUGUACCGAAGAUGGAAACUCCACUUCAUCCUGGUGUGGAUGGCAUACAGACCAUGGUUCACUGACAGGUUUGACCUGUGGCAUGUUCACGAGAGAUGCUGUAGAAAUACCUUGCCCUGAUAGUGCCGCCGGCCUCUAUAUUAGGACACGAGCUGAUCAAGUUGUCAAAGUUGUCUUUGGAGAAGAUGAAAUAGCAUACCAAAUUGGUGAAACUACCGAAAUACUGUCAAGACAUUAUCUUUGUGCAACACCUCAUUGUGUUCGGGCACCUAAAGGAGAGGAGGCUUCUGGUCUUGAACGUUCAACAUUUGCAUUUUUCAUGCAGCCAGACUGGGAUGAAAGCCUUCAUUUUCCUGAGGAGGUACAUAUUCAUAAAGAGCUGAUAUCAUCAAGUGGUGCUCUUACUUUUGGAGAGUAUACUGAGAAGCUCCUGGAUAAAUAUUACCACCUGAAAACGUAAGGGCUUGUAUAUUUUGCCUGAACAUUGUUUUUUUUUUUUUUUUUUAAUGUAAGUUGCCUGAACAUUGUUGAUUCAUAAAUAAAUGUUCUCACGUGUAAGGAUGGUUAAAAAACUAG